AAACACAGGUACUUUCUCGUCAUUUUGACAAGCAUUAGUGGUUAAUCAAUCGUCUAUCGCGGCGUGAUCAGAUCGAGCAACUCUAAAGCGCACAUUCACGCGCUGAACAUUUCAGAGAGAAUGACGAGGAGAGUUUGAUGAGAGAGAGAUUUAAGUAGCACUGCAAGAUAGAGAGGGAGUGGGAGCGUAGUUUUGGAGCUCGGAGAACUCAACAAUGGCGGGGCCUUCACGCCGAAGUGGCCGCGCAGCCUCUUGCUGUACGUGUUGCUUCUCGUACCGCCUCUGUGUCUCAGCCACUUUUGCCCUCCUCUUCCUUGCUGGGGCCUCUCUCUUCUUGGCCACGAACCCUAACCCUAAUACUCCUACUACUCUGCAAACUCACGGACAUUACAGUUCUCAUCAGCCACUUCAAGCAGUGAGCCGAACCUUCCUUGCCCUAAAAUCUGACCCUUUCAAAGCUCGACUCGAUUUGAUUCAUAGACAAGCGAAUGAUCACGUUGCUCUCGUUACUGCAUAUGAAGCAUUUGCUCGCAAGCUCAAGCUUGAGAACUCUAAGCAGCUUAGGUUUUUUGCAGAUCUGAGAAGAAAUUAUACAGAUCUCAUGGCUAAGCCAUCAUAUCGAUCACUUCUUGACUCUGAUGCUCCAAUUGAAGAAGAUAUUCUGAGACAAUUUGAGAAGGAGGUGAAAGAGAGAAUUAAGCUCACACGCCAGGUGAUCUCAGAGGCUAAGGAAUCAUUUGAUAACCAGCUUAAGAUCCAGAAGCUUAAAGACACCAUUUUUGCAGUGAAUGAGCAGUUAACCAAAGCGAAGAAGCAGGGGGCCUUCUCAAGCUUGAUCGCUGCUAAAUCGAUCCCUAAGAGUCUACAUUGCCUAGCUAUGAGGUUAAUGGAGGAGCGAAUUGCUCAUCCUGAGAAAUAUGAAGAUGCAAGGCCUGAGCCUCCUGAGCUCGAGGAUCCCUCUCUCUAUCACUAUGCGAUCUUCUCAGACAAUGUGAUUGCUGCCUCAGUUGUGGUGAACUCAGCGGUUAAGAAUGCUAACGAUCCAUCAAAGCAUGUCUUCCAUGUGGUCACUGAUAAGAUGAACCUUGCAGCUAUGAAGGUCUGGUUCAAGACGAGGCCUCUUCAUGGAGCUCAUGUUGAGGUAAAAGCAGUCGAAGACUACAAGUUCCUCAAUUCCUCUUAUGUUCCUGUUCUUCGCCAGCUCGAAUCAGCAAAUUUGCAGAAGUUUUACUUUGAGAACAAGCUUGAGAAUGCCACAAAGGACACAACGAAUAUGAAGUUUAGGAACCCGAAGUAUUUGUCAAUGCUGAAUCAUCUGAGGUUUUACUUGCCUGAGAUGUACCCUAAGCUUCAUAGGAUCUUGUUUUUGGACGAUGAUGUGGUUGUUCAAAAGGAUCUGACUGGUCUUUGGAACAUUGAUAUGGAUGGGAAGGUUAAUGGAGCAGUUGAGACCUGUUUUGGGUCGUUUCAUAGGUAUGAUAAGUAUAUGAAUUUCUCCCACCCAUUGAUUAAGGAGCGGUUCAAUCCAAAGGCAUGUGGGUGGGCUUAUGGGAUGAAUUUCUUUGAUCUUGAUGCUUGGAGGAGUGAAAAAUGCACUGAGCAAUACCACUACUGGCAGAAUCUGAAUGAAAAUAGGACCUUGUGGAAGUUGGGGACACUUCCUCCAGGGCUGAUAACAUUUUACUCCACCACAAAGCCAUUGGAUAAGUCAUGGCAUGUACUUGGGCUUGGUUACAAUCCAAGCAUAAGCAUGGAUGAGAUUCAGAAUGCAGCAGUUGUUCACUUUAAUGGAAACAUGAAGCCAUGGCUUGACAUUGCUAUGAACCAAUUUCGACACCUCUGGACAAAGUAUGUGGAUUAUGACAUGGAAUUCGUGCAAAUGUGCAAUUUUGGUCUCUAGAAGAAACCUUUUAUUCUCAAAAUUGAUCCAUAAUGCAGAUAGUGAGGUAAAGUAUUUGGUUGCUCUAGUUCUGAAACUGAAGAUCUUCCAUCAAGAUUGAUCAACUAGAUGCUGGUUACCUUCUUAUUCGUUGUGAUAGAGAUAUUAUAUGCUCUAUCCAUUUGUAAUGCUUCCUUAGGUUUGUGUCCUUGUUAAGCUUUAAUUUCAACUAGAUUUCCUAAGCAUUGUUAGGGUCCUAGGUUUAGAAUGAAUAUAUAGUUGGGAAUGAUAACUUAAAUUGAAUUGCAUUUUUGGAAUAUGGUUUUAGUGUUAAGGGCAGCCAAAUGAAGGAUUUGGUUAAGUUGCCCAAAGAUGAUAGUAUUUUUGCUACUCAAUUUGUGUAAAUGUUCUUUGUUUGAUUGUUCCCGUCCCAGAUAAUGGUUCAGACUUCAAAUAAUGCCAACUGAAUGUAUGAGAUGGAAAUUUCUCUUGUAAAUUAUCUGUCCUGGUUGCAUUUACAAUCUGUUCCGCCUUAUUUAUCAAAAAAGAAUAAUUGUUCC